AGAUCGGAGCUUACAAGACAUGCCAAUGUAUACUUGUAUAAUUCUUUAAGUGGGAAAGAUACAAAGUUUGCAAGAAAUGGCUUCACUUAACCCUAUACAGUUAGAAAAGGAAAACAGUUACUGGGUAAAAGCUCAGUUAGCUGUGUUGUAUACUAAAGAAGGACUUGAACCAUUUGUGUGUAAUGAAAUUCAGCAAUUUCAAUUGAAAUGCUUAGAUGAUAUAUGUUACAGCAAUGGACUAUUAAGUGGGACUUUGUGUUCAAGUUGCUGUACAGAAAAUCUUGUAAAAUGUCCAACAAAUAAAAUAUGCAGUGUUGGACGUGGAAAAUGCAGGUAUCAUCGAAAUGCUGCAAAAAGGUUUAAUCCUGCCGGCUGCCCUAACAAGAUAUGUCAUAAUUUCACAACUGAGAUACAGAAUGUACAUAGGUACUCUGAUCCAUCGUACAAAAACACUGAUGCUACCCAGUGGUGUGGUAAUUUCUGGGAAGUGGCGAAAUGCUUCAUGCCUCCAGAUGGGUAUGCAGAUAAAGCAUCUGCAGCAGAAACAGACUUCAAUGGUAUAAUCAGCAUUAUUCUCAAUCACAAAGCCUUCCAGGGAAAAAUAAAAGAAGACCUCAACAAUAAGACAAAUAUGUUUGAAAGGGCAAGAGACAUUGGAAGAGAUGUGCGACAUUCUCCAAAACCUGAAGUAGAAGAUUCAGAUCUUAAGAAAUACUUCCAUUUAUUAAGGCAACUUCUUUCUGAUCCCGGGUAUUUAGCUAAAGACACGCAUGCACAGGAUGCUAAAAAUAAACUUACAGAGCUAGAAAAUGGCACUCUAGUCAUAAAUGAACAAUGUAUGGAGAAAGUACGACGCGAUUCAAAGCAAAAACUGAAGUAUGAACUAAUAACAUGGUACAACACCAAACAUAGUACAGUUCAUCUUUCACCACUCACAGAUGCUUUCCCUACCCCUCUUGCCGGGUUCUACAUUAUGCCAGAAGUUGACAUACAGACAAAUCUUCCAGAUGGAAGGAAAGAAACAACUAGGGUCAAGUCGUUAGGGGACCUGCUUACAUCGGGUAGGAAUGUUCCACUGGAAAUAUAUUUAUCAGCAGUCGCUGGACUUGGGAAAACAGCAUUUUCAAAAUAUCUCGCUAUAACAUGGUGUCAAGCUCAUAAAAAUGAUGAAAUGUAUAACCUUUUUAAAGAUGAAGAAUUAGAGGCUGUAUCUGGCUUCGAGUUUUUAUUUUUAAUUAUAUUGAGAGAUUCCGCUAAAGUCUGCGAUGUCGACAACAUGAUUGAACAACAAGUCAUACAAUAUCUUCCAUGCUCAUCUUCAAUGCCGGAAGUGUUUUUGAAGGAUCUAUUAAAGGAUAUUUUACGUGAUGAACAAUGCCUUGUUAUAUUAGAUGGACUUGAUGAAUGGACUCAUCCUGAUAACAAUUGUACAAAACUUCCUAAAAGUGUUCCUCAUCGAUAUGCACGUGAUAAAUGUGUAAUCUUAACAACGACCAGGCCAUGGAAGCUUGGAGUCUCAAACUUAGAGAUAAGUCAAAUUCAUAAAACAAUAGAGCUAGUUAAACUAAAUGAAGACAAAACAAGGGAGUUUAAUCUAAACGCAAUGAAAAUAUUGAAACGAAACAAUGAAGAUUGA